UGUACUUACAAAUCCUGCAAGAUCUCAACAUGCCGAUUUCAAGUAAAUUCAAUCAGCGGGUAAGAGCUCGGCUAGAAGAGGACGAGUUUGAGCAAUUCUCGGGCGAGUCUACCUCAGAUGAAGGGUUAGAGGGAGGCGAAUCUGUUGAGGACGAAGAAGAGGAGGAAGAAAAUAGCGCUGAAGAUCAUAGCGAGGAGGACGAUGACGAAGGAGAAGAAGAUGAUGACGAUGAUGGGGAUGUAGAGGACUCCUCCUCCGACAUAAACCCCUCGCUAAACGCCAUCUCCUUCGGCGCCCUCGCAAAGGCCCAAGCAUCCCUCGGAAAGCGAAAGCGGCCAACCGCCUCAACAGGGGGCAUCUCGCCCAAAAGAGCGAAAGUUCCUGGCCGACACUCGCCUACUCCUUCUGCCUCAUCCAGUGGAGAAAAACAAGAACCAGAACCAGAACUAUCCGAAUACCAAAAACACCUCGCCGCCAACGCCAAAAAACCGCCUCAAAAGCUCACCCACCGAACCUCCAAACACGCUCCCACAAUCCAAUCCUCCCGCCAUGCCGUCUCCCGCAAACGCACCAUCCUCGAACCACCCCCAGUUCCCAAAGCCCGUGACCCGCGCUUCGACUCUGUCGUCCUAAGCCACAGCACAAACGGCAAUUCGUCCACCGCAAGUAACGCCGCCAUCCACGCCCGCAAAAACUACGCCUUCCUUGACAGCUACCGCAAAGACGAGAUUGCGCAGCUGCGCAAGCAGGUCUCAACGUUACAAACCAAGAAACAUAAGACAAACUAUGAUGAGCGCGAGCUCGCGCGCCUCAAGCGCCAGAUUACCUCUAUGAGUGAUCGACAGCGCACGUUUGAGCGGAAGGAGAUGGAAAGGGAGGUGCUAGUACAGCAUCGACGGAAGGAGAGGGAGUUGAUACGCGAGGGAAAGAAGAGUAAGCCGUACUUUUUGAAGAGGGGAGAGGUAAAGAAGGAGGCCGUUGCGAAGAGGUUUACGGAGAUGAGUGGGAAAGAGAAGCAGAGGGCGUUGGAGAGGAGGCGAAAGAAGGUUGCUGGGAAGGAGAGAAAAGAGAUGCCGUGGGGGAGGAGGGUGGUUGAGUAGUUUGUUUUUUAUUUCUUUUUGUCUAGCAUGUUUUAUUUAUGUUUAUUUUUAUUUUUAUUUUUUUUUCAUUUCAUUUUAUUGUUGCUGGAGGGGGACAUUAUGUAGUCGAUGAUAAACGCUCCAUCACAUCGCCGGCCAACGUCAUAUUCAGGAUUAUAUUACGCUACGAAUGAAUUCAUGCUACUUCUAUAGUUGGAUGAAAGACCUAUUAUCAUCA